AUGCUGCUGCUUAACCCGGCGUGCGAGUCGGCGGCGCUGGACAGCAUCCGGCAUCACCUCCUGGACGAGCCCGCGGCGUCGUCGGCGGUGGCGACCAUGAGCGCGAGCGCGAGCGCGGCUCCGCGGCCGGUGUACUGCCGCAGCACGAGCUUCGGCAGCCUGGUGGCGGACCAGUGGAGCGAGUCGCUCCCGUUCCGGCCCGACGACGCCGACGACAUGGUGGUCUUCGGCGCGCUCCGCGACGCCUUCUCCCGGGGCUGGCUCCCCGACGGCUCCUUCGCCGCCGUCAAGCCCGAGCCCCUGGCGGCGUCCCCGGGCCGGGACGACUCCCCCUACGAGCACGGAUCCUAUUCCUCCUACCUUGGUGGCGCGGCUGGCGGCCUUCUUCUCGCGGAGGAGGAGCCUGAGACGCCGACCGAGGCGGCGGCGAUGACGCCCGGCGGGAGCGAGGAGGAGGCCGCGGCCUGCCGCCGCGGCGGUGGCCAGCAGGGGGAAGCACUACCGCGGGCUCAGUGCAAGAAGUCAAGAACAGAGCAACAAGAUGCCCCAAGAAAUGCGUGUUAUGAGAUCGACGAAAUCGUCAUCAGGAUGUUCCUGGUUUGCAUCAUCGCAUGGAAUUGGUUCCUCCACGGUCGCUAG